GAGAUCAUCUCCUCUAGGGUAUAUUAUUAUGGGUGUGAGUUGAGUACUUCAUAUCUUGAUUCAGUCAAGUUUUGUUCAGUAGUGCCUAGUCCAAAUAUGAGUGACGAUCAAACCUUGCAUAUUGCUAUGUAUCCAUGGUUUGCUAUGGGUCAUCUGACUCCAUUCCUCCACAUCUCCAACAAACUCGCAGAAAGAGGCCACAAGAUCUCUUUGUUUUUACCUCUCAAAACUCAAUCCAAGUUGCAGCACUAUAAUCUCCACCCUCAUCUCAUUACCUUCAUUCCUAUCAAUGUCCCUCAUGUCGAUGGCCUUCCUCCGGGGACUGAAACCACAGCUGACAUUCCUCUCUCUUUGGGCUCUCUUCUUGCUACCGCCAUGGACCUCACUCGACCCCAAAUCGAACAAUCUCUCCUCAAACUCAAGCCUGAUUUUGUGUUCUUCGAUUUUAGUUACUGGUUGCCUGCAUUGUUGCGUGAACUAGACAAUAACAUUAAGUCAGUAUGUUACUGGGUAAUUACUCCUGCAGCUAUGUGGUACGGCUUGCGAAGUCUAGGCCUGCCUAGAAAAAAUCAAUCGGAUGAAGCUGAUCGUUCAUUCUCAUUACGAACUCACGAAGCUCGAGCUUUUGAAGCCAUGAUGAACAUGGACUAUGGCAGGGAGGUAACAUUCAGCAAACGCCUAUUGACCACUUUAAGCGAUUGUGAUGCAAUUUGUUUCCAAACUUGCAGAGAAUUCGCAGGGCCAUUUUGUAACUAUAUUGAACUCCAAAUGAACAAGCCAGUGAUUCUUGCAGGGCCAGUGAUGCCAGAUCCCCCGAGUUCACAGUUGGAAGAGAAAUGGGCAACAUGGCUUGGAGGGUUCAAACCCAGAACCGUGAUAUUCUGUGCUCUUGGAACUGAAUAUAUUCUCACAAAGCAACAACUGCAACAACUAUUAUUGGGUUUUGAGCUUACUGGUUUGCCAUUCUUCGCUGCCCUGAAACCGCCAACCGGAGUUGAAUCAAUUGAAUCGGCAGUGCCAGAAGGCUUUGAAGAGCGUGUUAAAGGAAAAGGGGUUGUUUAUGGGGGUUGGGUUCAGCAGCCUUUAAUACUGAAGCACCCAUCUAUAGGUUGCUUUGUGACUCACUGCGGUCCAGGGUCUUUAAACGAGGCGUUGCUGAAUGAGUGCCAAUUGGUGUUUUUGCCAAAUAUUAUUGAUCAGGUAAUCAACGCGAGAAUGAUGAGCGGUGAUUUGAAAGUUGGAGUUGAAGUUGAGAAAGGGGAUGAAGAUGGAUUGUUCACCAAGGAAGGUGUUUGCAAAGCUGUGAGAGCUGUGAUGGAUGAGGACAGUCAGGUUGGAAAGGAGGUGAGCACCAACCAUGCCAAGUGGAGAGAGUUUAUCUCCAGUAAAGGGCUUGAGAGCUCAUAUAUUGAUGGUUUUGUGCAGAAGUUGCAUGACCUCCUAUGAUGAUCGCAACAUGAUCUAGGAUAAAUUAUUUGGAUGAUUGAUAUAUAUUAAUGUUUUGUAUAAGAUUCCAAGAGGAUCUGCUUUGUAAUUUUAUUUUCUUAUUGUCAA